CCCCAAUUUCAUUCUAUAAAAACCCUAGUUCUCCACUCCCUCCACCAUCAAAAAUCCCCAAAAUCACACCGGAACCCUUAAAUCAUCCCCUCUUCCAAUUUCCGACAAUGCCUUCAAUUCCCGACGAGCCUCUCCUCGCCCCUAACCCCGAUCGCUUCUGCAUGUUCCCAAUUCAAUAUCCUCAAAUCUGGGAGAUGUACAAGAAAGCCCUAGCCUCCUUCUGGACCGCCGAAGAGGUCGAUCUCUCACAAGACCUCCGCCAUUGGGAUUCCUUAACUUCCGACGAGAAACACUUCAUCACUUACGUCCUUGCCUUCUUCGCCGCCUCUGAUGGUAUCGUUUUGGAGAACCUUGCCGGACGGUUCAUGAAAGAAGUCCAAGUCGCUGAAGCCAGAGCCUUCUAUGGAUUUCAAAUUUGUAUUGAGAACAUUCAUUCUGAGAUGUAUAGUCUUCUCCUUGAAACUUAUAUCAAGGAUUCCAGUGAGAAGAAUCGGCUGUUUCAUGCUAUUGAUACUGUCCCAUGUGUGAAGAAGAAGGCCGAUUGGGCGUUGAAGUGGAUUGAUAGCACGGACUCAUUUGCUGAGCGGAUUUUGGCAUUUGCUUGCGUUGAGGGAAUUUUCUUCUCAGGUAGUUUCUGCUCUAUUUUCUGGUUGAAAAAACGUGGGUUAAUGCCUGGAUUGACGUUCUCAAACGAAUUGAUUUCACGAGAUGAAGGUCUUCAUUGUGAUUUUGCUUGUUUGUUGUAUUCAUUGUUGAGGAAGAAAUUGAGUGAGGAUCGAGUGAGGCAGAUUGUUACGGAGGCCGUGGAUAUAGAGAGGGAAUUCGUUUGUGAUGCUUUGCCGGUGGCUCUUGUUGGAAUGAAUGGAGAUUUGAUGAGUCAAUACAUUGAAUUUGUGGCGGAUAGGUUGGUUGGAACAUUGGGGUACGAGAAAAUCUAUAAUGUUCAAAACCCAUUUGAUUGGAUGGAGUUGAUUUCGUUGCAAGGGAAGACUAAUUUCUUUGAGAAAAGAGUUGGGGAAUACCAAAAGGCAUCUGUGAUGUCAAGUCUAAAUGGAAAUGGAGGAAUUCAUGAGUUUAAGAUGGAUGAAGAUUUCUGAAGAUUGAAGAUGAAGAUGAGUUCACUGUGUAGAAUAAUGUUUGUGGGUUCUCUUCUUUCUUUUAAUUCUUAUCUGUAGUUUAAUAUUUAAGGAUUAGAUUUGAUUAAGUUCGGUUAAUUUCAGAUAGAAAAAGUGUUUCAUGAUUUAGGUUUAUGUUUAUGUUGAAUUUGAUGUGUUAUGGUCUCCAACUAUGACAGACUUAUGAAGCUUAAGAUAUGAUGAGGUAAAACAGCCAUUUUGCUGUUGUGCAUCUUUGUUAAAGCAUUAUUAUGUAUUAUAGUGUUUCAUCGUAUAACACUCACAACUCUACUUGCCAAA